AUGAAUUCUAGGACUGCGAUAUCUUGUGUCCUCUUUGCCAUUUCUGUGACGUUUUCAUCUCCUUGUUUAGCCAACUCAUCAAGAAAGCUGUGGCGAGAGAAAAACUGCAACAUGUACCAAGGACGUUGGGUUAAAGACAUGUCCUAUCCUCUCUACAAUUCAUCUGCCUGCCCUUUUAUUCGAAAGGAAUUUGAUUGUUCAAAGUAUAGUCGACCUGAUGAUCACCUCUACCUUCGAUAUAGAUGGCAGCCUAGUGAUUGCAACUUGCCAAGCCAGUGGAGAGAGCAAUGGCCAAACAUUAGCAACUGCGACAUGUACCGAGGAAGUUGGGUUCAUGACAAGUCGUAUCCUCUCUACAACUCAUCCGCCUGCCCUUACAUUCGUAAGGAAUUUCACUGCUUAAAAUAUGGUCGCCCUGAUCGCCUCUACCUUCAAUAUAGAUGGCAGCCUAAUGACUGUGACUUGCCCAGGUUUAAUGGUCAAGAUUUCCUGAAGAGGUUAAAGGGCAAGAAGAUUGUGUUUAUUGGGGAUUCUAUAACCAUCAACCAUUUCCAGUCACUGGUAUGCUUGCUUCACGCUGCUGUGCCUGAUUCCAAGAUCACAAUGAAGAAAAAACACUCUAUUAACACAGUGACAUUCCAUGAUUAUGGUGUGUCAGUAAUGCAGAUUAAUUCUCUUUACUUAGUCGACAUUGAACAAAAAAAGAUUGGCCGAGUCUUAAACCUCGAAUCAAUUAACCAAGGGAGUGUAUGGAAGGAUAUGGAUGUUUUGAUUUUCAAUACCGGGCUUUGGUGGUACCGGAAAGGACCUACAAAACGAUGGGAUUAUGUUCAAGAGGGUGACAAAAUACUUAAGGACAUGGAUCGUGCAGUAGCUUUUCGCAAAGGUUUAACAACAUGGGCAAAAUGGGUUGAUUCGGAUGUUGAUACAAAUAAAACUAAAGUUGUAUUUCAAGGAACUUCUCCUUCUCAUUACAACGGACAAGAGUGGAACAAACCAGGAGUGAUAGAUUGCGCGAACGAGACAGAGCCAAUGAGUGGAUCAACUUACCCCGGUGCUUCACCCUUAGUUUUGCAAGUAGUGGAACAAGUGUUGAGUAGAAUCAAGAAACCUGUUCAUUUGCUUAAUAUAACAACUCUUUCACAGCUAAGAAAAGAUGCACAUCCAAGCUCUUAUAAUGGUGUUAGGCCCAUGGACUGUACUCAUUGGUGUAUUGCAGGACUUCCAGACACUUGGAAUGAACUUCUCUACGCAGCUAUUUUGAAUGCUCUCAUUAGAGAUGCCGAGAGUGGCUUGUGUUCUCGGUCCAAGAACGCUUUUUUUCCUCAGGAAGCCGAAGCAAACUCAUCAAGCAAGCGAAGGAAGCAAUGCCAUAAAGAUAACGGCGACAUGUAUCGAGGGAGUUGGGUUCAGGACAAGUCGUAUCCUCUCUACAAUUCAUCGGCCUGCCCUUUCAUUCGCAAAGAAUUUGAUUGUUUAAAGUAUGGUCGCCCUGAUCAUCUCUACCUUCAAUAUAGAUGGCAGCCUAACGAUUGCAACUUGCCAAGAUUUGAUGGUCGAGGUUUCUUGAAGAUGUUAAAGGGCAAGAAGGUUAUGUUCGUAGGGGACUCUCUGAGUCUAAACAAUUUUCAGUCAAUGGUAUGCUUGCUCCAUGCAGCUGCGCCAGAUUCCAAUAUCACAAGUAGUGCAAAAAACUCUGUUACUACAGUGAUAUUCCAGGAUUAUGGAGUAUCAGUAAGUCAUUUUCAAUCUCCAUUCUUGGUAGACAUUGAACAAGAAGAAAUUGGCGGAGUUUUGAAACUUGAUUCCCUUAAGAACGGCAAUGUAUGGAAGAAAGCUGAUGUUCUGGUUUUCCACUCUUUCGGUUGGUGGUACCUAACAGGAUCUAAGCAACCAUGGGAUUAUAUUCAAGAAGGCAAGACUAAUUUCAAAGACAUGAAUCGUACGGUUGCUUUUCAGAAAGGUUUAAAAACAUGGGCAAAAUGGGUUGAUUCAGAUGUUGAUACACGUAAAACCAAAGUUAUUUUUCAAGGAAUUUCUCCCUCCCAUUACAAUGGCAGGGAUUGGAAUGAGCCGGGAGUGACAAAUUGUGCAAACCAGACAGAACCGAUGAGUGGAUCGACUUAUCCAAGUGGUUCGCCACCGGCGUUGCAAAUAGUGGAAGAUGUGUUGAGUUCUAUCAAGAAACCUGUUCAUUUGCUCAAUAUAACAACUCUCUCACAGCUAAGGAAAGACGCCCAUCCUAGCUCCUAUAAUGGCUUGGGAGGCAUGGAUUGCACUCAUUGGUGCAUUGCUGGACUCCCAGACACUUGGAUUCAACUUCUCUAUACAGUUCUUAUCAAUCAGAAUUGGGUUCAAGACAUGUCGUAUCCUCUCUACAAUUCAUCGGCCUGUCCUUUUAUUCGCAAGGAAUUUGAUUGUCUAAAAUAUGGUCGCCAAGAUCACCUCUACCUUCAAUAUAGAUGGCAGCCUAAUUCCUGUGACUUGCCCAGGUACAUUCGUUCAUCUCUCAAGCUCGGUUUCGAUCUUAACCGUCGAGGCAUUCUCUGGGAACCCAGCUUGGUUUUCGGGCUCAGGUCCAUUAUUUGUUUAAGGCUGCAGUCCAUUAUAGAAAACAAGUCAACAUCAACUACAAAUGCUGAGUGGCCCAAAUUUAAGUUUGCAAGGUUCGAUGGCAAAGAUUUCUUGAAGAAGUUUAAGGGCAACAAGAUUAUGUUUAUAGGCGACUCUGUUAGUCUCAACCAGUUCGAGUCACUGUUAUGCUUGCUUCACGCAGCUGUGCCUGAUUCCAAUAUCACAAAGGAGACAAAUGAGACUAUUAAUACAAUAACAUUCCAGUAUUCAAUACUUGGCUUUGGUGGUACCGGAGACGACCGAAGCAACCGUAUGAGCUCGUAUAACUUAGCAAAUGUAGUAGAUUUGAAAAUUCAGAGUAAUCAGCUAGCUAGUGUUAUUGAAUUUUCUGUUCCAAAUUUCAGAUGGGAUUACGUUCAAGAAGGUGAGACUAUACUUAAGGACAUGGAUCGUAUGGUGGCUUUUCGGAAAGGUUUAACAACCUGGGCAAAAUGGGUUGAUUCAGAUGUUGAUACAAGUAAAACCAAAGAAUGGGGCCAACCUGGAGUGACAAAUUGUGGAAAGGAGACAGAGCCGGUCAGUGGAUCAACUUACCCUGGUCGUUCACCAUUGGCGUUACAAGUAUUGGAAAAUGUGUUAAGUAGCAUCAAGAAACCUGUUCAUUUGCUUAAUAUAACAACUCUUUCACAGCUAAGAAAAGAUGGACAUCCUAGCUCACACAAUGGCUUUAGUGGCAUGGAUUGUACUCAUUGGUGUCUUGCAGGAGUUCCAGACACUUGGAAUGAACUUCUCUACACAGCUAUUAUCAGUUAG